ACUGAAUAUCCUUCCCAGGCGCAGAGCCCAAAAGUCCACUCCCCACCACUUUUCCACUGAACAAUCAACCAAACAGCCUCCAAACGGACUGCAAUUACAUUCACUGCGUAUUACUAAACACCAAAUCGUUGAUCUGCACAAUUUACGCACACGCACCACACACACUGAAUACUCCAGCAUCUUGAUCACUUGCGAACUGGCAAUCCGUCGGCGGCAACCGGAUCCGAUCUAGCUUCCACAGGGGAUCCGCAAUGCUGGAUUAUUUUGGGGCCCCGAAUUGAGAUGCAGUCGAACUCACUGCCAUUCCCCUUGAGUCCAUUCAUACUAUUCAAUGGCGGCGAAUUGAGCGAAGAAGGAUUCGAAUUAUCUAGAUUUUUGUUCUUGGGCUCGCUGCUCUUCUCCCAAGGAGGCAGCAUGGAUUUUUCCAAAGUCGGAGAGAAGUUUCUCAGCUCCGUCCGCUCUGCUCGAUCCCUCGGCCUCCUCCCUUCCUCCUCCGAUCGCCCCGAGGUUCCUGAACGAGCUGCAGCAGCAGCUGUUGCUGCUCGAGUUCUUGCUUCACUUCCCCCGCACCAGAGAUAUAGUCUUGCAUCUAGUUCUGAAGAAUUGAGUUCAAUCUAUGGAGAACCUGAUGGUCAAGUUAUUGAGGAACUUGAAGAAGAAUUCUACGAAGAGGAGUUUGAUCCAGUAAGAUAUGUAUUAGAGCAUAUUCCCUGUGAAAGAAUGAGCUUGCAUAUUUCGAGGAAAAGCAAGUUGGAUAGAAUUUCUGAGCGUUUAUCACGCCAUGUAAUGGAGCAUCAUGAAGAAAUGGUGAAGGGAAUGAAUUUGGUACGAGAAUUGGAGAAAGAUUUAAAGGUUGCAAAUGUUAUUUGCAUGAAUGGGCGAAGGCACCUUGUUUCAUCAAGGAAUGAGGUAUCCAGAGAUCUCAUUGUUACCAAAAGUUCGAGGAAGAAACAAGCACUUCUGGACAUGCUUCCGAUUGUGACUGAGCUUCGCCAUGCAUUAGACAUGCAAGUUGUUCUUGAAACUCUUGUUGAGGAGGGGAACUUCUCUAAGGCUUUCCAAGUGUUAUCAGAGUAUUUGCAACUUCUAGAUAGUUUGUCAGAGCUUUCAGCUGUACAAGAGAUGAGCCGUGGUGUUGAGGUUUGGCUGGGAAAAACACUUCAAAAGCUGGAUUCACUCCUAAUAGAAGUUUGCCAGGACUUCAAAGAGGAUUCCUAUAUCACUGUGCUUGAUGCUUAUGCUUUGAUUGGGGAUGUUGCUGGGCUUGCCGAGAAAAUACAAAGCUUUUUUAUGCAGGAGGUUAUCUCUGAAACACAUUCCGUAUUGAAGACUAUUGUGAAAGGGGAUCUAGACAAUCACGAUGCUCAAAGUUCUAGGCUUACCUACAGUGACCUAUGCAUGCAAAUACCUGAAUCCAAAUUCAGGGAGUGUUUACUAGCAACACUAGCUGUCCUGUUCAAGUUGAUGUGUUCGUAUUAUGAUGUGUUGCGCUUCCAGCUGGAGGAUGAGCUUUCUACAACAAACGAUGACACAGAAAUUUUGUCCUCUGUUCAAGAGCCAGCAAUUACUUCUCCGACUCUGCCUGAUACUGAUGGAAGCAAUGGCUUCAGGCAUGCAGAUUAUGCAAAUAAUGAAAGGGAUGAUGGAAGUGCAGCUUCGAGCAGUGGAUCUCCGUGGUUUCAGCUACGGAAAGAUGCUACAACCUUGGUUUCACAUACCUUACGAAGAGGUCGGAGGAAUCUUUGGCAGCUUGUAACAAGCCGUGUCGCAGUUUUGCUUUCUUCUUCAGCUGUUUGUUCUACUAGCACUUAUCAAUUUUUGAAAAAUUAUGAAGAUUUGAACACCUUCGUCUUGUCUGGGGAAGCUUUCUGUGGGAUUGAAGCAGUUGAGUUCAGGCAGAAAGUCAAAACUGUUUGUGAAAAUUACUUUGUUUCUUUCCAUCGGCAAAGCAUACAUGCUUUGAAAAUGGUGAUGGAAAAAGAGAAUUGGUUGACAAUGCCACCUGAAACUAUACAAGUAGUAAGCUUUGCUGGCCUUUUCGGUGAUGGAGCAGCUCUUAUUGUUUCAUCCAAUAGGAUUUCCAAUGUUCAAUUGCUACGUGCUAAUAAAUCAGUAAAUGAAGGUGAAACUGGAUCAAAGAGGAGUGGAUUUGAGAAUUGGCUUAAAAGUGGAAAUCCAUUUUCUCCAGAACUAAGUAAUAGUCCUAAGGAGUACUCUGACUCCUUUUUACCUAAUGGAUCAUCAGUGCCUGGAGAAGCUGGAACCACCCUUGAAAAAUCUUUGCUCAAUAAAGCUACAUCAAAAACUGCUGGUGGACAAAAUUUUAAUGGGAACGCAGCCUUCUCAGAAGAUGAAAAUGAAGACCUUCUUGCUGAUUUUAUCGAUGAAGAUAGUCAACUCCCAAGCCGGAUUUCCAAGCCCAAUCAUUCAAGAAGCCAUUCUUCGCAUUGGAACGAUGAAGAAAUGAGAGCACAAACUGGAUCAUCACUUAGUCUUCUAAGGUUGAUGGAUAAAUAUGCAAGACUAAUGCAGAAGUUAGAGGUAGUCAAUGUUGAGUUUUUCAAGGGAAUCUGCCAAUUGUUUGGGAUCUUUUUCCACUGUAUAUUUGAGAACUUCUGUCAGAUGAAUAUUCACCAUAGCGGAAAAGGCCUGAAUGACUUCCUAUCUCAGAGGUUAAAAACCGCUUUGUCCAGAAUAACACAAGAGUGUGAUCAGUGGAUAAAACCACAGCCUGCGUCAGCUUCCUCCUCUUCUCCCACGUCGCCCAAUACUGCAUUCAGUCUUUCAGAUGUUAUGCCAGCUAGUCCACCCAGUAGCUUGCCAAGCACCUCAUUUAGUCUCAAGGAAAGAUGUACAGCUGCUGACACUGUAUCUCUUGUUGCUCAUUUACUGCAUAGAUCAAAGACCCAUCUUCAGUCAAUGCUUCUGCAAAGAAAUCCGGCAAUUAUCGAAGAUUUCUAUGCGCAUCUGGUGGAUGCUGUGCCAGACCUCACGCAGCAUGUUCACAAAACAACUGCAAGACUACUACUACACAUAAAUGGGUAUAUUGAUAGGAUAACCAAUGCCAAAUGGGAGGUGAGAGAGCUUGGAAUGGAGCACAACGGUUAUGUUGAUUUACUGCUGGGAGAGUUUAAGCACUACACGACACGACUUGCCCGGGGCAUCCGGAAGGAGGUUCAAGACCUUCUCUUAGAGUAUGGAGUUGAAAUUGUUGCUGAAGCUCUCAUUGAAGCAUUCAGGGUGAAGAAGUGUACUAAUGAGGGACGGGCACUAAUGUCGCUGGAUCUUCAGGUUUUGAUUAAUGGCUUAAAGCAUAUAGUCUCUUUUGAUGUGAGGCCAAAACUGCAGAUAGUCGAAGCUUUUAUCAAGGCCUAUUACCUUCCAGAAACUGAAUAUGUUCACUGGGCGCGUGCUCAUCCGGAAUACACGAAAAGUCAAAUUGUCGGGCUAAUCAACCUUGUUGCCACCAUGAAUGGCUGGAGGAGGAGGGCCAGAUUAGAAGUGUUGGAAAGGAUAGAUUCACUGCCAUGAGAUUUCCAUCAUAUGAAUCUCAAAGUUUCUUUCAUCAGCUUACAUUUUUUCCCUGUAUAAUUGAUGUAAAGGUGGAUUUAUUUUUUUAUUUCCAUUCUUACUUCGAGGUUGAUGGUGUAUAUUUUACAUCAAUUAUAAGUGUAAUAUAUCCUUUUCUAAAGGGAAUAGCGAGUGUAAUUUUGAGCUGCGAGAUGUGUACCUUGCCCUGCUGUUCCACUAUUUAUGGUCAUGAAUUUUGUCAUUCAGAAGAAA